GGAUCCGCCUGCCAGUGCAGGAGAGGCAGGAGACACCAGUGCCACCCCUGGGUCCCGAAGAUCCUCUAGGAAAGAAAAGGACAACUCAAUCCUGUAUUCUUAUUUGGGAAAUCCCAUGGACAGGGGAGCCUGGCAGGCUACAUGGAGUCACAAAAAGUCGUAAACACUGAGUGACUGAGCACACACAUCCAUUGGUGGAGGGUUGUUUUGAGAACGGUGUGACAGUGCCUGGCCUGUUGGUGCCCAGUGAGUGCCGGUUGUUAUUACCGGAUGCCAGGCAUUGGGAUACCAUAGGCAGAAUACUUGGCCCUGGUCUCAGGGAACUGGGAAGAAGAGAGAUAAACAUGUGAAUCCCCAGCUUCAACAGGGUCCUUUGGGGUCCUAGCUUAAAAUGGAUUAAGUGGUAGCACGUGAAAAAAUGCUGAAACAAGUUUAGUGCCUGGUCAGAGCUAGGACGUCUUCAUGAACAGACGAAGGAGCAGUUAGUUUGUAGGCAGUUCAGCCUCUUCUCCUGCUCCUGUUUUGCUCCAACAGAUGAUUAACAAUGCACUCCCUUCUUUUCAGAGGAGAGGCCAUACUUGGCUGAUCUUGACACACUCCCCUUUCUUACACUUCGUGUUCAUCCCUUACGGAGAAACUGGAGCUUUAGGUCAGAAUCAAAAUGGGCAUCCCUCAGGAUGGAAAGCACAGUCUGGAGUCAACUCCUUGACCCUGGAUGUACCAAGGAGACUUGUGUAUGUUUUAGGGUAGAGAAGCAUUGGAUUUCAUCAGUUUCUCAUGAGUGUAGGACCCCAAACUAGUUAAGAACAUGGGCUUGGCAGUAGGCAUUCCCUGAAACACAUGAUCUUGGCCUGGUUGUUCCUCUAAUGUUUCGCGUUGCCACACACUGGAUACUCUUGCGGUGCAUGAGUAGUGUGUCCCAUGUUCCCCACCAAACUGCCCCGUGGCCCUGUGCCCUCUGUCAGCCUGGCCUGCCUGUGAUUGCCAUGGUUCACGGCUUCAGCUGUGGUGGCUGUGCAGUUUCUUGAACUGACCUCACUGAUGUGUGUAAGGACAACAGCUUGAAAGACAUGCACAGGCUGGACAGUCUUUGUUCCAAGUUGGACAUAAAUCCAUGGCCUUACAGAACUUGGAUCUGGCUACUUUUGGAACCCAGCCAAUGUCAACUUCUAACCCAUGACAUGGUCUUGUUGGAGAAUCACAAACUUAGAAAUCUGGCAGAUUCGUCAAGCCCCAAGCCCUUCCAUCUUGCGUGCACACAAACUGUUCCCAGUCCCAGGAGAUGUUUCCAGGGCCGAACUGUUCCUUCUUUGGCGAGUGAUCCAGUCGCCCUGAACAUCUGUUGACCUCAUCUCCACCUAAACGCUGCGGUUAGCAGCCCCACGUCCCCCUCCUCCUAUCCAUCUUCAACCACUUUAGUGCCUCAGCCCUCCCUCUCGCCUGGAAGCCUUGCGCCCGCCCCCUCGCGCUGGCCCCAGCUACAGCUUUAAGCUCUUCCUUUGUCAUGGCUCCGCCCACUCAGGCACACCCGCUGGGGAAGGUUCUUCGUUUCUCAGGAACUCUGAGGUCCGGGGUCUGAGUUUACCCCGGGCGGAGAUGGACCGUCCAAAACCCAACGUCUUCCCAGCGGGGCACUGCUGCCCCUCCCUGGGAAUGCGAGCCUCGGAGGCUGGCAGCAGAAGGUUCUCAGUGCCACCCUCCAUCAGCAGGAACUCUGCCAUGGUGAACGAACCCAGAGGGAACGGAGGCCCAGGCCCCCGCCUGGAGGGCAGCAGCAGCGGCAGCGAGAGCUCCAAGGACAGUUCAAGGUGCUCCACGCCGGGGUUGGACCCCGAGCGAUGCGAGAGACUCCGGGAGAAGAUGAAGCGGAGGAUGGACUCUGGUGACAAGUGGUUCUCCCUAGAGUUCUUCCCUCCCCGAACUGCCCAGGGCGCUGUCAAUCUCAUCUCCAGGUUUGACCGGAUGGGAGCGGGUGGCCCCCUCUUUGUAGACGUGACCUGGCACCCAGCCGGGGAUCCUGGCUCCGACAAGGAGACCUCAUCCAUGGUGAUUGCCAGCACCGCCGUGAACUACUGUGGCCUUGAGACCAUCCUGCACAUGACCUGCUGUCAUCAGAGCCGGGAGGAGAUCACAGGCCACCUGCACAAAGCCAAGCAGCUGGGCCUGAAGAACAUCCUGGCGCUGAGGGGAGACCCCAUAGGUGACCAGUGGGAAGAGGAGGAAGGAGGCUUCAACUAUGCUACGGACUUGGUGAAGCACAUCCGAAACGAGUUUGGUGACUACUUUGACGUCUGUGUGGCAGGUUACCCCAAAGGCCACCCUGAAGCAGAGAGCUUUGAGGCUGAUCUGAAGCACCUGAAGGAGAAGGUGGCUGCGGGAGCCGACUUCAUCAUCACCCAGUUGUUCUUUGAGGCUGACACGUUCUUCCACUUUGUGAAGGCUUGCUCCGAAAUAGGCAUUACCUGCCCCAUCCUCCCUGGCAUCUUCCCUAUUCAGGGCUACCACUCCCUCCGGCAGCUGGUGAAGCUAUCCAAACUGGAGGUGCCACAGCAGAUCAAGGACGUGAUCGAGCCCAUCAAAGACAACGACGCUGCCAUCCGCAACUACGGCAUCGAGCAGGCCGUGAGCCUGUGCCAGGAGCUGCUGGCCAGCGGCUUGGUGCCAGGCCUCCACUUCUACACCCUCAACCGCGAGGUGGCCACCAUCGAGGUGCUGAAGCGCCUGGGGCUUUGGAUCGAGGACCCCAGGCGUCCCCUGCCCUGGGCCCUCAGCGCCCACCCCAAGCGCCGGGAGGAGGAUGUCCGGCCCAUCUUCUGGGCCUCGAGACCAAAGAGUUACAUUUACCGCACGCAGGAGUGGGACGAGUUCCCCAACGGCCGCUGGGGCAACUCCUCCUCUCCUGCCUUUGGGGAGCUGAAGGACUACUACCUCUUCUACCUAAAGAGCAAGUCCCCAAAGGAAGAGCUGCUGAAAAUGUGGGGGGCGGAGCUGACCAGUGAGGAAAGCGUCUUCCAAGUCUUUGCCCACUACCUCUCCGGAGAGCCCAACCAGAACGGCUACAAAGUGACUUGCCUGCCCUGGAAUGACGAGCCCCUGGCGGCCGAGACCAGCCUGAUGAAGGAGGAGCUGCUGAGAGUGAACCGGCGGGGCAUCCUCACCAUCAACUCCCAGCCCAACAUCAACGGGAAGCCGUCCUCUGACCCCAUCGUGGGCUGGGGCCCCAGUGGGGGCUAUGUCUUCCAGAAGGCCUACUUAGAGUUCUUCACUUCCCGAGAGACGGUGGAGGCGCUUCUGCAGGUGCUGAAGAAGUAUGAGCUCCGGGUGAAUUACCACAUCGUGGAUGUGAAGGGUGAAAACAUCACCAACGCCCCUGAGCUGCAGCCCAACGCGGUCACCUGGGGCAUCUUCCCUGGCCGAGAGAUCAUCCAGCCCACAGUGGUGGACCCAGUCAGCUUCAUGUUCUGGAAGGAUGAGGCCUUCGCGCUGUGGAUUGAGCAGUGGGGCAAGCUGUAUGAGGAGGAGUCCCCCUCCCGCAUGAUCAUCCAGUACAUCCAUGACAACUACUUCCUGGUCAACUUGGUGGACAACGAGUUUCCGCUGGACAACUGCCUGUGGCAGGUGGUGGAAGACACGUUUGAGCUUCUGAGCAGGCCCCCCCAAGAUGAGAGGGAGACAGAGGCGCCAUGACCCUGCACCCUGACCACCUUGGCUUGAGGCCACUGUGUCCCGCCUUCCUCUUCUCCGUCCUGGCUCUCUGGGAGACCCCUAUUCUUUUUUGUUUCUCCCCAGCCUUGGCCUCCACCCUCUGAUACAAUGAUGGCAGCUAGACUGGUGUGAGGCUCCGAGGCUCUGGCUGGACUUGAGUCUGCCCCACACAGGAACCUGGUGUUCCUGCUCAGCUGAGAGUCUGUGCUCUGAUGGGGAGCAGCCCCUUCCACAAGGACCCCAUGGGCAGAACGCCGUCCACCCCAAGAAGGGCUGUUGCUAACGGAGCCCCUUGGAGCCAGCCUGGGACUGUCAGUGACCUUGCUCCUGGGGCGCCAGGAGAACAGGCAAAGUGAACAUUGCAACAGGUCCUGUGGGACUGCAGAGGAGACAUGGCAAGGUCAUAGCGCCUCACCGUUCCACCUCCAAGGCAUUGGCAGCCAGGUGCCACCCAUUUGGGAACGAAGAGGCGGCCACUGCCCCGCCUGCCAACUGCCCCAUCAGGCAGCGGCCCCUGGACGACCUUGGACUGAAACCUAAUAGUUUUGGCCUCGUUUUAGCAGAGAGCUCAACUGGGUUUCUCCCCUUUCUACGGUGCUGCUGUUUGAAAGACUUACCCCAUGACUCGAGAAACUGCCUCUGAAGGCUUAAUGGUGUCUGAACCCUUGUACCCUUGGCCUUCCCAUUUCUCCCCUGGCCCUGAAGGGUGAAAGGAUACCCUGCCUGUUACCAUCAAGGGUGAAGAUGAGGUUGGCUGAGCCCGA